AUGAACUUUGAAUUGGCAAAUAUUGGGCGUAAGAUAGUAGGUGUAGGUGUAGACAUCGUAUAUUUGCCAAGGUUUGCUCACCUGUUAGAGAAGCAUUCUCCAUUUGACCCGCGUACCCGUUUGACCUUCGAUAAAAUUACUCAAAAAUUCAUGCAUGAGAAGGAACGAUGUUAUCUUAGUAAUCUUCUCAUCGAAGAAAACCGCUCAAAUCCACGAUUGCAUGAGUAUAUGGCGGGUAUUUGGGCUUUGAAAGAAUGUUCAUUCAAGGCAUUGUCCUGCUGUACUUCAAAGGAUGACCUACCUCCUGCUCAGGUACUAUAUGCGAAAAUGCUGUACAAAACACAAAACGAUGAGGGCGUGCCAAAACUUCAGUUUGAUAAGAUGUUUGAAGAAAAGUAUCCAAAAUAUCAGCGGUUUUCGAAAAGUUAUGAAAAAUUCUUCUCCGCUCAUGAAUUUCUCGUGUCCAUAUCCCAUGACAAAGAUUAUUUAAUAGCAUUAGCAAAUUUGGUAGAAAGAGAGUAG